AUAUGCAGCGAAGUCUGCUAAGUGGCUCGAUAGCGCCGACUGGCGACGAUUGCGCAUGUUCGUUUUGCAGCGAGUUAACAUAUUCUAUGGUUAACACGUGCUUUGCGGUUUCGAUACAGCCGCACAAAUGAGACCGAAGCUUGUAUGCUUAGCGCUGCGUCUGGCCGCCAAGUUCGAGAGGAUUCCAACUUACCGCCUUCGUGAACCACAGUGGAGUUUUCGCACAUGUAGUCACUCGAGUGUCCAAGAGAGGCACCGAGACGCGCAGUCGCGCGUUCCGUCGUUGAAGGCGGACAUUUUCGAGGCGAUGAAGGGCUACCCGGUGAGCUUUGAUCAUCUUUAUGAUAGUGUGGUGCGGACGCUAAUAAGACAGGGUUUCGAAGACAAGCACAUCGUCCAGGUAGUCACCAAGGCGCCGCGGAUAAUCGAGUUGCAUAGGUCCCUGAGCGACAUUCUCUCCUUCUGGAGGACUUUGUUCAGGAGUGAGCCCGUUUUCUUGCAGACGAUAUCCGAGUACCCCGAACUCCUCUACUUGAGUCCCGAGGCAGUCGAAGAGAGGCAGAAGGAACUGUUCACAGUAUUUCCUAACAAGGACAUUGUCAAGCUGGUGGAGACAUGCCCGCAAGCGUUUAUCGACGACUGGGACGAGAUCAUGGAGAAAGUGAACUACAUAGGGCACGCCAUGGUCAUCAGUCCGGAGCAUAUCGUCAGUAGCGCCGCUCUCAGCUACAGCUUACUCCACAUCAAGACGAGGCAUCAGUUCCUGCUCUGCUGCGGCAAAUACCGCACGCCAAAGCCCAAGGAAGUUACGACCACUAAUCCACCCCUGGACAAGAUCGUCGGGCUGCCACUUCGCCUGUACCUCAACAUGUGCGGAGUCACGGCUGAAGAGUACUACGUGUUUGAAAAACUUAUGAAAAAAGAGCAAGAACGGGAAGCAGACGAGGAUAGCGACGACGACCUUGAUUAGCAAAUCGCCUGUUUAUUCCUUAGGUUUGCUGAUGUGUGCGGCUUUGUACACGCGCCAAGUUACCGAAUUGUAGGGCCAGAAAGAUGCCCUAUCUCAUCGUGUAUUCCACAGUGCGUGACGUGCGCUGCCUUUGACAUGGUAGCCAAGCCCGGUGCGCUGCACGCGCUGGCCAUCCUGAAUAAAGUGCGUAUACGAGAA